AAACCACAACUCCCAUGAACCCCUCUAUGCCACUUGUGCGACGUGACGUCACGAUGUCUGCAGCUUCCUCUGUGUUUGCUUUGUGCGGAGCGACGCGGAGAUGUUCGGGAGGACGACAGAGCCCAGGUUUCUUAGAAACACAUGAAAAAAGGGGCACUGGACAAGCCAAGAGGCAGGGAGCCAUGCAGAGCCCGAUCCAGUCGAACACAGGGCCAAACCCUGUGAACACAGCAACCACAGAGAAACCACUGGACACCGAGACUGAAGCUCAGCCAGCACAAAGUGAACCAGAUGCACAAAAAGUGGAGAACAAAUCAGCUGCUCCUGCUGAGACCGACACACCAGUCACACCACAGGAAAAUGGGACACGGGCAGAAGCACCCGCGAGUGUGGCGGGUGCUCAGGCAGUGGGGAAUGAGCCACUGCCUGAGCCCUCAGAUAACACUGCAGGAAUGGAGCUGGACUCUGCUUCAAAGCCAAAUACUUCCAUUGAACCGGUACCUGACAUGAAUACAAAUCCUGGGUGUGAUGGACAAAAGGAAAAGAAACAGGACGAAGGUGCUCGUGAUGGUAGGAAAUAUGUUCCUUCCAAGAAGGCGAUGGUAGAUCCUCUGAAGAUAGACAUGUCAAAACAUCUGGCUAUGCCUCUCACAUCAUCUCAGCUCUCCCUGCAGUGUAUGGAGUGCCACAUAAUCUUCAGUGACCACAAGAGCAAAGAGCGUCAUCUCAAGUUGAGCCACCCAGCAGAAUAUGAACAUUGCAUACUGAGAAAUGCCCUUUUUGCUUGCUAUGUCUGCGACCGCCACUUCACGAACUCCACAGAGCUUAUGGCCCACCAGAAAGCCCACACAGAGAAGAACCCCUUUAAGUGUCCAAUCUGCAGCCAGGCCUUCAACAAAUCAUCUGAGCUCACCUCUCAUAAAAAGAUUCAUUUUGGCUUGGAUGGGUAUGCCUGUACCGAUUGUGGCAAACCCUGCAAAACCAUGACACUGCUUAAGUAUCACCGCCGCACACACACUGGAGAGAGGCCGUAUGUUUGCAAGGAGUGUGGAAAGAGAUUCACCAUGUCCAAAGCUCUGCAGAAGCAUAUAGAGUCACACUUGCCAGAGAGAGGUGAACGAAAUGGCGAAGAAACCACAGUUAAAGCACAAGUUAAGAAAGAUGAUGGUUCUUCUCAAAAGUAUCCUUGUUCUGUAUGCAAGGCCACCUUCAAGAGUACCAAGACACGGCUACAUCACAUGAAAACGAAGCACAAGGUGUUGCCUGCUGCAGGCAGUAAUGCCCUCCAAGGUACACCCAUCAUAACUCCAAUAUCCAUUUACCAGCCAGCGCUACUACAGGUGGAACCGAAUGGACCUCUCCAAAAAGUUGAUGCUAAUAUUGACACAGAGCAGAUUCGCAGACUUAUUGAAUCUUUAGGAAAUGUGCAGAAAGUGAACCAAGUUGUCAUACUGGGGCAAGUGCCACCUCAUGCCCCACCACUGGAAGUGCAACAAACAUCACAGCUGGCAGAACCAGUGAAUCUCAAUCUCAAUCCACCACAAAUAGAUUUUAUGGGACUGAAACAGACAGAAUUUAAGACAGUUGAAUUGGACCCUUCAGACAACACAUGUGAUCCAAUGGAACAAACAAUUAUACUGGAACCUAUUACCCCAGAUGGACAGUUGGAAAACCCAUCUUUCUCAGAGCUGGGUUCCCAGAUAGCAGCAGGUGAAAAUAUAGAGCUAACACUUGUUCAGACUGAGCAAACAGAGAGACCUGGGGAAGGGGUGACGCAUCAAAUUCUUCACCAACCCGAUAUUGGUGUGAUUCAGCCUGAUCCUAUGGAUCAAAUAGCUUGUCAGAAUGAAGACGAUAUCCUCAAACAAAACCUAGAGCAAACAGUCAUAUUAGAACUUACCCCUGCCUUGAUACCAACUGAUGAACUGGAACAAUCCCAAACUAUGCCACAAAGUGAUAUCCUGUCCUCUCUUGUAGCAGUCACUGAAUUUGAGAAGACUCCUGAUCAUGCUCCAUAUCAGAGUGCAAUAGUUGAGCAGGAGAGGAGCCUGUCAGUCCAACCACUUUCACAUACAGUUGAGUUGGAGCUGACACCGUUAUGUAAAGAACAACGGGACCUUCCACCUUGCCCGUUUGUUCCACCAGACACACUUACACAAACUCAAAACGAAUCCAAAACUAAUGGCAAAGAAGAGGUUGAUUCACCGAUGCAAAUGGUAAGUCUGGAUCAGCUUCACCCUGGGAUGGAAGGAGCCGCACCACACGAGAUUCAGGAAAGGGCUGAACAAGAACCACUUGAACAAGACCCAUCUGAGAAAUUGCUGGGAGUUAGCAGGGAAGAUCAGAAGCAGGUGGAGGACCCAUCCAAAGUAGAGGACCAAUCUGCUAAAGAAGAGGCUCCGUCAAAACUAGAGACAAAGCAGGUGCCACAGAUCUCAGAAUUACCUGUAAAUGUGAUGUCAGCUCAAGAACUGGUGAAAGUGCGGAAAAGAAAGCCAGCCAGGACGUUUAUCUUUCAAGGAUAUAUGCAAGAACUAGUGAGAUCCAAACGCAAGGAAGAUUUACAAAUUGAUGCGCAGCCUGCCAAACGCCAAAGAACCAGAAAGUCUCAUCUUGUUGUUAAAUUUGGCCCACAAAGCAAAGACAAGAAAAACAAGAGACAGAAGAAGCCAUCACAGCAGCGUCAACCAAUGCAGGAAGAUGUGAUAAGAGGUAAAACACCAACAAGAAACCUCUCAGAAAAAAAACUGCCAUCGCAGAAAAGGGGAAGAAAAGGAAAAAAGGACAAGAAAGCAGGACAUUUGAUAUCUACCAAUGAAAUGAAAUCACCAUCCACACUGGAGCCUACCCAACAAAUCAAAGAGGAUACAAGGAAAAAUAAACUGAAAAAGCAGAAAGAAGUGGUCACAAAGGCUGUGACUCAUACAAGUGAGCACAAAACUGAAGCCUCGCCUGUUUUGAAAAAGAACAAGCAAGCAAAAGUAAUGCAAAAAGAUCAGCCUAAGAAUGCAAAGGAUGGGAAGCAAAGGAAAAACCUGGCAAGACAGGAAAAAGAAAAGACUAACAUAGCUUUAGCAGAGAUACCUGGCCCAAACACAACACAAGACGUUCUACUUCUACUGAAAGGUCAUAAACAGCCCCAACUAAAAGUUUACAAGUUGGACACUUCAAAGGCAUCAGCCCAGACACAAGACACUACCGCUCAUGAGUCCCAAACAAUGUCCCAACAGAGCAAGGACAACAGACUCAAACAUCCAACAAGUGAGUCUACAAAUCAUUUCACAGCAGGAGGUAAGAAAAAAGGAGGAAGACCCAAAAAACCCCAGAAAGCGCUUUCAAUGUUGUCCUCACUACAGGUUUCCCAUCAACCACCUGAGACACUGCCCACCAGGCCAAAGACCACUAGAAAACGUAAAGCUUCCUUGAGAGUGGAGACUGAAGGUGUGAUAACCUCUCAUUCCAAGCGUGCCUUAGAGUGUAAGGACUGCGGAGAGAGAUUUGGUGAAGUCUCAUCCCUUCAGAAGCACAAGGCAAUGGUCCACAUUGUAGAGAGUCCCGGUCUCACUUACACUAAUGGAAACAUCUUUGAAGGCGUCUCCAGUUUGGAUCUUUACCAGCUUCCAAAACAGCAUGAUAAGGUUGGUGGGGUGAUGAACAGUGCUGCUGACUGGGAUACUGAGCCUGAGAUAGGAGAGAUGGCAUUAGACGACAGAGAGCGAAGUGUUUCUUUUCCAUCUUUGAUUCCAUCCCCUUCUUUGCCCAUUCCUCCUUCAGAUGUUGAAAUGAGUGCCUAUGAAGAUAAGGGUGAAGGUAAAACAGGAACAGAUUAUCAACAUCAUACCUCUCCAGAGGUACACUCACCAUCUGAUCAAAUGAAAAGCAGUGAGAUUCCUACAAAUUUCAUAUCUGAAUAUCCUUUAAAUAUUACUAGUAAGACAGAGAUUUCAGAGACAGGAGAACUUUUGACACCUAAUAAGGAGACACAAGAAGAAGGUACCCAGAAGAAUUCCAGCUCUGAGGCUGAAGUUCAGGGCUCCACAAGUGAAGACAUGAAAGAGGAUUUACUUCUUGACGUAAAUUUAGUAACUGUUGGAGAGCAAAAUGAGAGAGAUGAUCCAACUUCUCAUGAUGAUACUGUUUCCCAAAAUGAAUCAAAUGAAACCUGUAAUUCCAAGGAUGGAAUCACUGGGCGAGUAAGUAAUGAAACUGGAAACAGUCUAACUUCACAGACAGUGUCAUGCUCCACUCAUGAAAUAGAGAUCAAAGAAGAAGAGGAAGAAAUCUUAGUCCAGAAGAAAAAAGAAGGAGGGAAAGUAGCUCUUGCAAGGAAUGCUCCAAAGGGUAGGAAAAAAGGAACAGGUCAUCUAAAUAGGGACAUGAUAUCAAAGAGAGUUUCAGUUGGAGAUACCGUCAGAGGAACCGAGUUGGAGAAAGACCAGGAAGACUGUCAGGUAGUUUAUGAAAAGAAUCCUGUCACCUCUGAUUCAGAAAUGAUUGAUGCAGGUGAGAACAGGACAAAGACCUCACAAGUUCCAGAGACUAUUGAUGGUGAGGCCAACAUAGCUACUGCUCCUUCCUCGUGUUUGGCCUCUAUGACCUCUACAAUACAGGAAUCUCCUGAUGCUCAAGUCGUGUUUGAGCUGGAGUCGGUUACCACUAGUGUUGAGGGUGUAAUGAAUGAAAGAGGACCACAGGAAGGAGAGGAACAAGACAGGGACCAGUCUCCAGGCAUCAUACUUGAGAAGUUCCUCUCCUCAAGACAAAGAGCAACUGCUGACGAGGAGCUUUGCCUGAUGACAGCACAGGUCAAUCAACAACGGGGUUUGGAUGGGAUCGCUGAAAAUGAGGUACAAGUCCUUGCACGCCAGGAGAUCAAGGUUGAAGAGAACAUCUCAGAUCCACUGCUGCCUGUAGCCACCUGUCAAAGUAGACAGAGUGCAGCCAUGCAGCCACAGCACCAUCGUGAUAUAAGGACUGUUCUGGUGAAGGAGGAGACCACUCUCAUGCUGAAUGAGGUUCAGGCUGAGGAGGGCAGCGGACACAUCCGAUGGAACGUUGAGCCUGUCAAUGAAAACACCUCUAGUCCACUCAUAGAGAGUGGAGAAACAACAAGUGACUGUCAUGUCUCCCCUGAGUUCAACACAAGCCAGUGUAUCUUCUACCCAGUGAAGGAGGAGGAGAGGGAGGUGCUUCUGGGAGCUGCUCAGACCAACAGUGGGGACUUAACCACUGGGACAUCCACUGAUGCUAUGCAGACAGAACAUCAAGUGACAGAAUGUGAUUUAGCAGAUGAAGGGAGCCAUUCUGACUACCAGGAAAUGAGAGUCAGAGGACUGUUAUCAGAACCAGGGGUCAGUGACUUUCCAGAUGGACAAGUUGAGGUAGAGCAUCCACCAGAUAUCCAAGAGUUUCUCCUCCAGAGUUCAGAUGAAGAGGACGUGGGUGGGUUCGAAUUGUCUGAUCCUCAGCUUGACUCAGAAGCAGAAGUGAUGGUCUUUUUCUACAAGAACCAAACAGACGGCACAAGUCAACCAGAUGGAAGGUCACAAAAUUUGCCAACUUCAACAAGUCAGCUCCAAACACCAAUAGAGGAAAACAGGACAAAGGAGCCCAUUGAUUACUUCUCCAAAUAUUUUGGUUGGGAUACCUGGGUAGAAAUUGGCAGCUGCACAAACAAACUGACUAACAUGCCCAGCCCUGUCACAGCCAGAGAGGUUGCACAGUUUGUUGGGAUCCACAUUGCAAUGGGAACAUUAAAGUUUCCCAGUGCGAGGCUGUACUGGGAGGACUUGACUAAGGUGCCCUUGAUUGCUGACGCCAUGUCACUGUCCCGCUUCUUGGAGCUAUCUCGUAGGUUGAAGCUUGCUUCUCCUGUGAAGGAUCAAGUCAACAGUAAUGCUCUGGAAGGAACCCAUGAAUGUGACUUGCAAAAUGCACAGCAUGGUAAAAAACCCUCAAACAGUCACUGUGACAUUUCUCAGCAUGAUGAUGGGCAAAGGCAAGGGGACACUCCUGAUGACCCGAAUAGUUCAAAAACACAGACUGAUCCCCUGUGGAAGGCUCAGCCAUUAUUGCGCCGUUUCAAAGAAGGAUGCCAGUCGUUAGGACGAGAUGGUCAUUAUGCGGUUGACCAAUAUCAGCUUCCUUUGACUGGGAAAAUACACAAUAAGAAACCCUCUCUCCACUGUACUACAUUAAUUGGAUUUAGCGGUUUGCUCUUACACGUGGAUCUUAAAAUGGGUCUAGCCAGCAAAGAAGAUGCUGUAGAAAAAAUGGUCCCCAAAGGUAGCAUGGUGUUUCUUUGCAAACAGGAACUCUCCACUCCUGCUAUGCUCGAGCGGCUGUUAGUUGCUGGAGUUCACGGUGCGGGCAGGGUGGGCGGAGCCCGAGGACAGAUCGGAGAUGAGUUUGUAAGCUCAGAUGGGAAGCUGAUGUUACGCAGGUCACACUGUGGCUUCAUACUUUCUACGGCUGGGAACGGCCAGAUGAACAUGUCUUCACUCAUUGACAACUUCGAGAAGGCCCAGAUGUCGGCUCACCUCAACAGAGAGCUGCUGAAUCUUUACACCAUCCCUCUCACUGCCUCGGCCCCAACCUGCUGGCCUCAAGCGGUGCUCUGGUACCUAACAGAUCUGGCCUUGGUCAACUCCUGGCUCCUGUACAGACAGGAUCACAGAGCAGCAACUGCACCUUUCACUCUCAUGGCCUUUAGACUGGAGGUGUCCAAGGCUUUGAUCCUUUCCAGUGGCUCAGACACCCAAGACUCAGUCCCCCCUCAACCCCCCUCCGAGAAGGCCAACAGAACAAGUGAAACACCCAAUCCAAAGCUGGUGGAGGAAAGUCCUCUGCCGGAUGCAGCCACACGGUACGACGGUUCAGGCCACUGGCCCGAGCAGCUUGGGGAGGGAGAGGGCGGCAGGUGUCGUUUUGGGGACUGUCAAAGAACGUCUCGAGUCUUAUGCCUUAAGUGCUGUGUCUUUCUUUGUAUCUCACGCAACCACAACUGUUUUUUAAAUUUCCAUAAUCAAGGAAGUUUGGGGAAGGACUAGUGUCCACUACAGUCUACUUCACCCUUAUUAUUCAACAUUUUGCAUUCUAGUUUAGAAUGUAACUGUGCUGUUGGUGUAAGUCAACCCAGCUAAUCAAAAAAUGGAAGUAUCUGCUUUGUCCUUACAAAUUUUCCAUGAUGCCUAUGCUUCGUUGUUGUUUUGUAGGAUUAUUGUGCUGCAGUUGUAAAAAAAAAACAAAAAAAAAACAAACAACCUAAAUGCUUUGUGAUGUGGCUUAGAAUGUCAUGAGCACGUGUAAAAAUGAAUUUGCCUUCAAAAGGAAAUGUAAAAAAAAAACAUACUCAUAGCAUACAUGAUUUUUGACACAAUGUUUUUUUACUAUUUAUUUUAAACUGAACUCAUUCACAUUCUAUAAUGAGCUUGUUUUGCUCUAUGAAGUUGACGGUAUCCAAUUUCAGAAAACAAUAAAAGAGAAAAGAAAGAGAAAAGAAAUACA